UCUUACUUAGAAUGGAGUGACAUUAAGAAAGUGCCGAAUUAAAAGCAGGAAUUCUAUAAGAUCGGAAAAUAAAUCGGCAAAUCAAGCCCGUCGAAAAUAUAGUUCAUGUCAAGGAAAUAAUGAAUAGGCAAAAUAUGAGUUAAUAUAUUCUAGGAUUACUUUGUUCUGAGGGUGUGAAGUGACGGUCCUUGACUGAGCCCAACCUUAUUGACCCAGCUGUGUACAUUGAUCUACACAGCAACCGUAUACAUUACAUUGUAUGUGAAUAGUGCAAUUUGUGGUGUUGGUGGGCUUCCUGCAUUUCUGACUUGUGGUGUCUGGGGUCUGACUCUUGAGUGCACUAGCAAGGCGUUGAGCCUUGUAAUAUAUGAAGCAAAUGUUACAGUAGUUACAUUGUUCUUUCUUGUCUAAUUAGUGCCCUUCUCAGGCUUCUGUUUGUCGUGUGGCGAUUUGUUGUGAAUGAAAAAUUUCCCACUUCGGAAGAAACCCACCCCUGGAUUAAUAUCUGAAUCGCAAAUUGUGGAAUACUUUAAACAGCAAGUCAGUGGGCAUGGUGUGCGUCAUGAAAACCAGAUAGCAGGAAUUCAGUAAAGUCGAGUAGUUAUAAGUUAAGCCCCUCCUAAAAAUCGUCAUGUCUGGAAAAAUGACUGGUGAUGUGCGACAGAGGGUACUAGAGAGCCUGUACCUAUCUGGGGUCAAGGCCUCUAACAAGGAGUGCAUUAGUCUUGAGACUCUCUUGGAUAUAUUAAUCGUGCUUUAUGACGAGUGCUGCCAGUCCACGUUACGGAGGGAAAAGAACAUCACAGAGUUUAUAGAAUAUGCCAAAACCGUGGUGAGCAAAGUGAAAAACCUUCGCCUGAAAAGGGAGGAUUUUGAAGUCAUCAAGAUCAUUGGGCGAGGAGCAUUUGGUGAGGUUGCUGUGGUGAAGUUGAAAGAUUCUGAUAAAGUCUUUGCCAUGAAGAUCCUCAACAAAUGGGAGAUGCUGAAGCGAGCGGAGACUGCGUGCUUCCGAGAAGAGCGAGAUGUUCUGGUAUACGGUGACCGACAGUGGAUUACUAAUCUACAUUAUGCAUUUCAAGAUGAGAACUACCUGUAUCUGGUCAUGGACUACUACUGCGGUGGAGACCUUCUCACCCUCCUGAGCAAGUUUGAGGACCGUCUUCCAGAGGACAUGGCACGAUUCUAUAUCGCUGAAAUGGUCCUAGCUAUAGACUCUUUACAUUGUAUGAGAUAUGUGCAUAGAGACAUUAAACCUGACAAUGUGUUAUUAGAACGCGGUGGACAUAUAGUGUUAGCGGAUUUUGGAUCUUGUCUUAAAAUGAUGAAGGAUGGCACAGUACAAUCAAAUGUAGCAGUAGGAACUCCAGAUUAUAUCUCGCCAGAAAUAUUAAGGGCGAUGGAAGAUGGGCAUGGUCGUUACGGCCCUGAGUGUGACUGGUGGUCGCUAGGUGUGUGUAUGUAUGAGAUGCUGUACGGAGAGACGCCAUUCUAUGCGGAGUCGCUAGUGGAAACAUACGGCAAGAUUAUGAACCAUGAGACACGGUUUGAGUUCCCAGCUGACAUCGAUGAUGUAUCGGACAACGCCAAGGAUCUUAUAAAGCGGCUUAUAUGUAGUGCCGACCAGAGGUUUGGUCAGGGGGGCCUGGAGGACUUCAAGAGACAUCCAUUCUUUGGCGACAUUAACUGGGAACGAAUAAGAGACAUGGACCCACCCCACAUACCUGAUGUUAGUAGUGCCACAGACACUACCAAUUUUGAUGUAGAUGAAAACGAAUUUAGACAGGAUUCUCUGCCUCCAUCAAUGCAUGCUGCAUUUACUGGCCAUCACCUCCCCUUCAUAGGCUUCACGUUCACAAGGGACAGCCAGUUAUCUGACAUGGCCAGUCUAGCCGACAAUGUGCCGAGUACAAACAAUCUUGAAGAGAAACCGGACAGCUUGUCUGCAGCAGCGUUUGAACGAAGGAUACAGAGGCUGGAGGGGGAGAAGAAGGAGUUGCAGAGGAAACUUAAUGAUGCAACGAGUAAAUCAAUCCUUCACAGCACUUACACAUCGAAUGAAGCGCCCGGGUCGCCCGGUCAGAAACCUGGUGCUGAAGCAGAAAUCAAACGACUUCAGGACGAGCUUGCUGCCCUUCGGAAGGAAAAUAGUGAUUAUCAGUCUGACUUCGGAAAGAUGGAGGAGGACCUCAAGAAUGCCUUGACGGCUAGGAAAGAAGCGGACUCGAUGUCCGGCAAAUUAAAAACAAUAGACAAAGCUAAUAAGUUACUAACGUCGGAAAAAGAAGACUUACAUAAGGAAUUUCAAAAUCUUCAAGAGAAGUAUAAGAUCCAGACGAAAGAGUUGAAAGAUGCCUUAUCACAGAGGAAGUUAGCCAUGGAAGAAUUCACAGAUAUGAAUGAAAGACUGGCAGAUCUGCGAUCACAGAAACAGAAGUUAUCCCGCCAGACACGUGACUUGGAGGAGCUGCAGGAGGAGUCUAAACAGAAAUUGGAUUCAAUCAAGCAGGAGCUAAGAAAGGUGGAGAAGUCAAGGAGAGAGCUCCAGCUGAACUUAGACGAUGCUCGUUCAGACAGCAGUAAAGAGAAGAAGCUGCGGGAACGAGCAGAGCAGUUUGCACGGGAAGUUGAGCAAGAACUUGAGACAGUGAAACAGCGCCAAGUGGGAAGGUCAACUAGCAUAAAUAGUUUAGAACAGACACAAGAAAUAGCAAGAUUAAAAGCAGAGCUUGAACGCAAAGAUGUUGAAAUGGAAGAGAGGCUAGCAACACUUGAAGUCAAGUACAGUACUGAAAAUAAGAAUCUCAACUACCAGCUUGUCGAGGCUGAGCGUAAACAUCACGAUUACUUGGAGGAGAUCACCUCUCUGCGGGACAGGGUCGAGGCAGUGAAGAACAAGAGUCAGCGGGACGGCCAGGAUGCUUUGAUGGAAGCACAGCAGCGGGCUGAUCGGGAGAAGGUUCACCUCGUCGAGGAGAAUAGGAAGUUAGCCAAAGACUUGGCUCUGCUUCAAGAACAAAUGGAAGGUAGCGAGACUGAGAAGAAACAAAUGGAGGAAGAGUUGAAGCUGCUGAAUGACAAGAGAGAGUCGGUCAUCCAUUGGGAGGCACAGAUUGCAGAAAUCAUCAACUGGGUUAAUGAUGAGAAGGAUGCGCGAGGUUACCUCCAGGCGCUCGCCUCCAAGAUGUCGGAGGAGCUGGAGGGACUGAAGGUGUCCGGUGGGACAACAUCUACGUGGAAGAACCGUCGUCUCCAGAAAGUGUUCAAAUCAGACUACCUCCAACUUCAAUCGAAUCUUCAGAGUGAGCUGCAUGCUAAGCAGACCAUUCAAGAGGAGCUGAGCAAGACUAAGGAACUCUAUCUAGCAAUGGAAAACAAACUCCAAGAGGCUGAGCAGAGGAUCUCAGAACUUGAGAAUGACCUUGACAAUAAGAAGAAGGAGAACGAGAACAUGAAGAACAAGAUAGACACAACAGAAACAUAUACAUCUGACCGACCGGACUCGCGGUCGUCAUUCUUACGCUUCAUCCGAGAGCAGACAGCCCGGCUAGAAGAGGUUCAGACACGUUGGAGCUAUAAAUUUCCAAAUUCUCAUGACAAUAUGAGCCAGUCUUUUGGUGAAGGGGAAUCGUACCGAGAUUUCGAGUACGGGAGCGGGGAAUUCUCAAAUAGCAACGCACCCUCCUCCCAGGCGAGUCGAAACUCCUCGCUGGGAAGUGUAAGUUUAUACAUGGAACAAUACCAUGAUGCCGUGCAGAAUCAAGAUGGCAAGCGUUCCACGGAUCCGGCGCCGUCAUCUCCAGCUCUGGCGAAACCGACAGUCCAACCUCCGCCUCCUCCCGCUGCUUCACUGUCACAGCAAGCCCAACAACCUAAAGCUCAUCGCUUCGUUAUCCGAUCUUUCAGUUCGCCUGUCAAGUGCCAGAAGUGUACGUCGCUUCUGGUCGGUCUCCAGAGACAGGGAACUAUCUGUGAAGGUUGUUCAUACACCUGCCAUGUUGCCUGCACGGAGAAAGCACCACAGGUCUGCCCAGUACCCAGCGAUCAAGGCAAACGUCCGAUGGGUAUUGACCCCACACGAGGUGUUGGGACAGCCUACGAGGGCUAUGUCAAGGUACCAAAGCCUGGGGGAAUACGCCGAGGGUGGAUGAAACAGUUCAUCGUCGUGUGCGACUUCAAGCUUUUCCUCUACGAUAUAAACCCAGACAGGAAUGGCCAGACAUGUGUCUACGUGAGUGAAGUCCUUGACAUGAGGGAUGAGGAGUUUGAAGUCUCAUCUGUCCAUGAUCAGGAUGUCAUUCAUGCAACUAAGAAAGAUAUACCAAGUAUAUUUAGGGUCACAACUUCCGAGAUGAAUCCUCCCGGAACCAAAUUCCACGUUCUAAUGCUAGCAGACAGUCCUAAGGACAAACAGCGCUGGGUUGGCGCGCUCACCGAACUUCUCAAAAUCCUUAGGAGUACCAAACUAUCUGACAAUAGUGUAAGCAGUACAGCUAACCGCGUUUUCAAAGCCAAAGAAAUCUACGACAGUUCAUUAACAUUACUAAAGAAUGCAUUAUCUGCAGCUGUUAUAGAUUCCACGAACCUUUUACUAGGAACAGAGGAAGGCCUUCAUUGUAUAGAUCUAAAUAAAGAUGGUGAGUUCUUCCAGAAGGAGGCUGUGACAAGAAUAGGAGAACGUAAAAGUGUGCAACAAAUCGAGAUAGUUCGAGGAGAACAGCUGAUUGUAGUCAUAUCAGGGAAACAGAGGCAUAUACGUCUCACGCCACUAACAGUAUUAGAAGGCUUUGACGUGGAAUCGGUUAAAAUUGCAGAGAGCAAAGGAUGUACGACAUUCUGUACUGGAUUAGUGCGCCAGGGGACGAGCACGUGUUUGUGUGUGGCAAUAAAGAGAACUGUGGUAGUCUAUGAACUGAAUCGAACGCGACAGCGUCAUCGGAAAGUCAAGGAGAUCUUAUGUCCCGGGCACGUGCAGUUCAUUGAGAUGAUGAAUGAGAGGCUAUGUGUGGGAUACCCAUCGUGUUUUGCCCUCUACAGCGUGCAGGGGGAUGGUGCUCCGAUAUCUCUUGUCAACCCUGAAGACCACACGUUACAGUUCCUUCUACAGAGUCCCAUGGAUGCUCUGUGGGCCGUUGAACUUUCAGAUAGAGAGUACCUUUUAGUUUUCACAUAUCUCGGUAUCUACGUGGAUAACACCGGCAGACGGAAGCGUCUCCACGAGAUCAUGUGGCCAGCUCUCCCCCAGGCCAUUAGUUACAGUGAGCCUUAUCUGCUCUGUCACACGGAGAACGAUAUCUAUGUGUUUGAUGUCAACACGUCCGAGUGGAUACAGACGAUAACCAUCAAGAAGAUGAAACCCCUUGAUCGAGAAGGUGCUAUAUGUCUGAGUAAUGUCCCAGACGUUGUCAGAUUGGUCUACUUAAGAAAAGUCAACUUAGAAGAAGACAAGAUUGUGAUACCAGACAUCAGCGGCAAGCAGAGACUUGCCGCGCGGAACAAGACGAGACGGUUUUCUUUCAAAACAAAGGAAGAGGAGAAAGCUGCCAAGAGUAGUCUGGAGCGGAAAUCUCGGUUGAUCUCUGGGCCAUCUAACUUCAGCCACGUCUCUCACAUGGGUCCCGGCGAGGGCAUGCAGAUGCUCAUUGACCUGCCUAGAGGAGCUCAUACAGCUGCUGUCGCAGAGGAGGAAAAGAAACAACGAGUGAUGAGUAUGUUCCCACCAAAGGCCGAGUCUACAUCCUCAUCAUCAUCUGUGUCUAGUAUGGGCAGAAGACCCAUCAGUAUGGGCGGAUCACAUCAUAAUGGAAACCCCCAGCUUAGGAAAAAUUCCCCCGGUAGCAAGAGUAAUGAACCCCGAUCCCUGUCUGCAGUUCCAAGCGUCUCUCCAGAUGGCUCCACCAGUUCCUCCCAGGACCCACUCGCUAACUUCCUGGCAUCACCAAUAUAUGAGGAUUACGAAUUUGAAGAGAGUUCUCGGCGGUCGAUUGCCUCCAAUGAGAGCAGCAACGUCAGCAGCCCACCUGGAUCCAACCGCCAGAGUUACUGUGAUGAUUCGUAGCCUGGGUCCACACAUUGAUGCUUCUGUAAUGAUUCGAGCAUGUCGGUUCUGGGAGAAUCAUUUGAGGAUUCCUAUGGAAAUAUUUUGGAGGGUCGUCAGUCUACACCAAUUGUGGGCCAUGUUUUUGGACUUGUGUUUACCUCGUAAACUUGUGUCUUUUCAGGCCAAGCCUGGUGGGGACUGUGUCUCCAAGAGUAUGUUGUUCUAUUCACUAAUCUCACCUGUGUUCAUUAGCAAACAACAGAAGUGUGUCCUGUUGGCUGGUUUCAUUACUGGACACCAGAUGGAGAUUGGGUCAUUCUUGGGAAAUAUUGAGAUACAUGGUAAAAGACCAAGUUUUUUUCCCCGGGGAAGUUCUUCUGGCUAUUUCACAUGAGACACAGGAAAGUCUGUCUGUUACUUAUGCCGAAGGUUUCUCUUGGAGGGACCAGAGAACUUUCUCAGACACAGAUGUAGACAUUCAGUGUUCUCUUUCACUUGGUUCCUGGAUGGGGCGUUUGGGGUAAUGGAUGCAAUAAGUGGCAUGUAUUUCCAAUGUGUGAUAAUGUCUUGUGUGUAUUUCCGACGCGGCUUCUAAAAGGUAGCUUUGUUAGGUUGUCUUCUAGUGAUGGUGCCACUAUAUCUGAUCAUGUCAAGUUCAAAAUAGCAAGGAACAGGACCUAUGUACAUUGUGUGUAUGUUGGUGUACAGGUGUAAGUUCCUAGUUAGUGUGAUGGAGAUGUACGUUCCAGCAAUGGCCUGCUCUUUCUGACCAUGAUCUUACUAUGUGAAACAAUCCGAUACAGUUAAUAGUAAUGAUAAGUAAACUUGUACAGACUUUUUCAGAUGUAUUUUACAGUGCUGUGGAGCUGUAUAGUGUGUAUGUACUGGCGAUGUAACUACUAUUUAUAUGCUUUUAGACAAGAAUAAUCAUAGGUUAUAAAUGUGUGUGUGUCCUGUUGUGGACAUGCGUUUGUAUUUAUUGUGUAAUAAAAAUGUGAGGACUUCUUGUCUGAUACACUUAGAGCAAAUGCUGCGACAUGCAAUCUGUGUAACUUGGUUGGAAUCUAAGCUUCGUGCAUUUCUAGCUUAUGUCAGGUUUACAUGCAAUCUGUGUAACUUGGUUGGAAUGUAGGCAAAGCUUAAUAAUUUAAUUUUUUUUUCAGAAUUUAGGCAAAUAUCCCUAGGUGUCUGUUUAAAUGGCUUCUUGCUUCAGUUUCUAUGGUUUGAAAGAAUUGUUGCCUGCAACUCGAAUCCAGUUGCUGUUUUGUAUUGUUAGUGUCAGCCAGAAAGGGAAAGUAUGUUUAUGAUCAAACAGUUGUCUGAAAACAACAUUGAGCUUGUCUGGAAUUGUGUAUUAUCAGGAGGGUUCGAGGAGGUUUUUACCUGUACACACACGAACUGACUUGAGGCAAUAAGGAUUUUUAUGACCACACUUGCUGUAGACAGCAUACACAUGUGAGGGAAUAUCACCAAGAGUUGAUAAAGACUAAGAAUAUGGAGGUAUUGCAACAGCUCCUUGUCUUGUUCAAGAUACCAAAUUCUGACAUUAGUGUAACAAAUGUUAUUUUAUUGAGGUCUUAAAACCCCUCUAAGAUAUGGACCCCAUAUUGCACCCUUGUACAGCACAUCUAGGGUUUUAUACUCUGACAUAUGCCCUGUAUCUCCUAUGUUUGGGGGUUCAGUGCGAAAUGAGGUUUCAUUUUGUUUGUCUUGGUUAAAUCUUUAUCGUGAAGAAAUGAAGAUAACUAUUUUAGUUCAGCAAAAUUGGCGCCACCAUUUCUGGCAUUCAAGUUCCAAAUUCUUAGUCUUUAUCAUCAAUUCUUUGUAUCAUGUAACUAAUAAAUAACAUAUUGAUAAAAGGACAACUAAGCAUUUAUGAUGGAUUUGUAUAUAAAGUAAAUGUAGACUGGUAACACUAGACUAAUUCUAAACUUCACUAGUGCAUAAAAGUUUGUUCUUGACUGCAGUCAAAAUAUGGGCUGUAUGACCCACUCCAGUUUAAAAAAAUCAGUGUUGAGUUCAGUUUCAGUGUCAAUGUCAUCUUUGAUUGAUAUUCAGUGAUUAUAUUGCCAGUACCUGAUUUAAAGAGGGCCAAUUCAUGCAGAACGUCUGCCCUGUGUGUCCUUGGACUAGUCACCUUGUAGCCCACCAUGUCUACAGACAGUAGAUGAUGUACAUAGUGUAAAGCACCUGCAGCCUGGUGACGUUAAGUGCUGGUUUCACGUGGCAAGUGUGUAUGAAUUGUAUAGUGUAACCGUCACCAGCACUUGCUUAGUUAUAAUUAACACCGAUAUCCUCAAUUAAUCCAUUUCUCUGUAAUACACUGUGCCUUUGGCAUAUCCACAGAAAAGUUCAGUUUGGGUGCUAUGAACACAGGGAUUUUCAGGAAAAUCGACAUUUACAAAUGGAAAAGUUUGACAGACCUUAUAUACAUGUAUACCAGUCAUAUCAUGGUUUAUAAUGAUAAGAUGUCAUAGUUAUUAUCUGUCUGGGCUUUUACUUGGCCUGGAAGGUCAUUACCUCUCAGGGCUUGGUUCAAACGAAUUGAUAUUUCCCUCUUCAAGUAGUGUAAAAGAGUAGGAUGUUCGAGGGAAUUUAAAAGGUUGCCUGGGUCACUUGCUGCGGCGGUAAUGUCAUUCUGUGGAGUAAUACUAAUAAGGUGCCUGAAAGAUGAUCAAAAUGAGCCUGGCAUGACGACUGGCAGUUGCAUAUAACUGGUAACGGUGUAGGUACCGGCAGAAAUCGCUACCACAAACACAUUUCCUUCGGUGUGUUUUUCAGCCAUCGUAUGAUGUCAACAUCACUCACUAGUUAGAAACAGGAGUUUCCAUGUACGUUAUGGUAAUGCGAUUCUGAAGUCAAUUGAUAUCUCACUGAGUUAAUGUACAUGUUAUGUGUUCUAAUAAAAAAUCCUAUAAAUUUUGGGCUAAUUAAUAAUGCAUUCGGGAAAUGUGGUUAGUAAUCAGUGUGUGUUAUUUAUAAGCGAGUCGCAGAUGUGGCUGAUACCCUUGCCACCAAUGUACUUAAGUUUGAGCUUGAUAUUGUGCAAGCUCCUCCUAGAUAUGCCAUUGUUUUGUUAAGGUAUCUUUUAUUUCAAUAAACCAUUGUAAUGUAUUAAAUGAA